CUGACAGCUGACAGUUGACACAAAUGGUAGUCAAGAAUCAGGAAUGAAUGUAAAAUGUGAAUAAUUCUUGAUUUUAAAUUAUUCUUUCGUUCGCUUAAGUAGUACGAGCACGUUUUCUCGAGGCUAACCAAACAUGCGGUGCAACUUCGUUUGAUAACUAUUUCGAUUUAUUAAUAACUGAUUUAACUUGAAUCUCACAAAGUUUUUAAUCUUAUUUUAAUUGUUCAUUAUUUAAAAUUACAUAAUGGAUAAAUCUAGCAACAAAGGGGAUAUGAAAGGGCUUCUGUUGGGCAUUGGUAAUCCCCUCCUGGACAUCUCUGCUAUUGUGGAUGAGGAGUUAUUAAAGAAGUAUGACUUGCACCCUGAUGAUGCUAUUAUGGCAGAAGCUAAGCAUAUGCCAUUGUACAAAGAGCUGAUGGAAAGAUAUAAUGCGGAGUUUAUAGCCGGUGGUAGUGUGCAGAACUCAUUGCGUGUAGCACAAUGGAUACUAGGUACACCUGAUGUUUGUACCUACCUCGGUUGUGUUGGUGAUGAUGACUACGCUAAGAUACUAAAGGAAAGAGCAGAGGCUGAUGGUGUGCGAGUGCUGUACCAAGUAUGUGGCGAGGCGGCUACGGGCACAUGUGGCGUGCUGGUGACGGGCACGCACCGCUCGCUGUGCGCCAACCUCGCAGCCGCGCAGCGCUUCACGCCCGCACACCUCGACACCGACGCCUGCAGGGUUGCCGUACAGUCCGCCAAGUUUAUAUACGCAUCGGGUUUCUUCGUGGCGGUGUCCCCCGAAUCGAUAAUGCGACUGGCGGAGCACUCGCACAACAGUGAGCUGACUUUCAUCAUGAAUCUGAGCGCGCCAUUCGUGUCGCAGUUCUACAAGGAGCCUCUAGAGAAGAUGAUACCAUAUGUAGACAUACUGUUUGGAAAUGAAACUGAAGCAGAAGCCUUCGCGAAAGCGUUUAACAUACCGGGCGAUAAUUCUGAGCAGAUCGCUAAGAAUAUAGCCGCACUUCCAAAAUUAAACGGCACUAAACAAAGGGUAGUUGUUAUAACACAGGGUAGCGACCCUGUCAUACUGGUCGAAGGUAACAAAGUUACUUUAAUACCAGUGAGGAAAUUAGACAAGGAACAAAUAGUGGAUACGAAUGGCGCUGGGGAUGCGUUCACUGGAGGAUUCCUCAGCCAGCUCGUCCUCGGUAAGCCGUAUGACACUUGUGUCAAGUGUGGCAUCUACAGUGCAACACAUGUUAUACAACAUUCAGGCUGUACUUUUAGCGGAGACAAUGACUUUCAAGAAUGUUGAUGGUAAAAAGUAAAACGCAACCCUAGACUGAUAUUGCAAUAAUCGUUUAAUCUCAAUGUAACCAUACAAUAAUAUUUUACAUUAUUUAAAUAGUUAUUUUUUGUGCAAAAUAGAUGAAGUAUCGAUUUGUAUAUGACAACCGAAUGUUUUCAUAAUGUAUGUUACAUUCAAUACACUGACAGUUGCUGUCAGACAUUGACAUACAAACCAUAGACUGGAUUGUAUGUCGCCAAUUUUAUGUUUCCAAUAUGGCAACACAAUGCAUCAUAAAAUGUCAACAAUCUGAGUACUUUUGCUACUCAAAAUUUUAGUCUCGUUUUAUAUACUUUCAAUUAUCUUCAACCUUGACGUUGGCGAAAUCAUCGAAAUAACGAUGGGGUCCACUAAACAUUAAAAGAAGAAGAAGAAGAGCACUGAUAUAAUCAUAUGCAAAUAAAUAAUUUACUUAAUUAAUAAAAUAUAGAUAAAUUGGUUCGUUGGAUUAGUAAAUAUAUAAAUUACCUGUCUCCACUUCUAAAACACUGUUAAAAUCGAAUUAAUGAUAAUUUUAGUAUUACAAAUAGAUCUGACUGCAUAUCAAUCACUGCACAUAUUGUUCAAGAAAGUCAUAUGGCAUGGUAUUUAUUAUCCUUUAUUUCUACAUCUUGAAUCAAAUGAUACAUUUUCAAUAAUAAUUGAAAAUUACAAGCAAUGAAAAAGUUGAUAAUCAUGUAAAUUAAGUAACGAAGCAAUAUAUUUUUCUAAAAUAUAAUAACUCGAGGUUGUAUUGUACUAGAAGUUGUCUUAUGUUGCAAUUAUCAUCAGAUAAAAAAAUCCUUUAAUUUUGAUCAGAAUUAGAUGUAUCCAAUGUAGUUGCAAAUGCCUUGCGUUUGAUGUCUUAACAAGACAUUUUCAACUUUAGUUCAUGUCUCAUAAUCAUAGAUUUGUGUUUUCUAGAAAAUACCUUUGUCUAUGUAGGUGUUGAAAACUACAAACGUGUUCCGAUUUACGUGUUUUUUGUCUAUACGUCUUUUUGUUUUCUUUUAGACCUUUGUUUACCCAUUCCAAUAUUAGAAGUAAGUCUUCCAAUGAUGUUUAUGUAAUCAAAUAGUGAAAUAGCUAGCUUACAAAGUGAGAUCGUUUUUCUUAUGUAAUGCAGCAUAGUACAAGAUUUUGUGGAUAGUUGUAAAUUUAUGUUUGCAUGUAGAACAUUGUUGCUAUGUAUUUUGUAUUAUCCCUGUUUAUUAUAACUUAAGGUCUUAAAAUCAAGAUUAUUGUAACAAUGUUGUGUUUGUACUUAUAUGUUUGUAUUUGUUUUGAAAUAAAAAUAUAUUUAGUGUA